GCCUCCCCUGUCAUUCAGUAAACACGAGCAGAGAGCCUUUCAACUCGAGCGGAAGCUACCCGCGCAAGCUAAUGCGUUCGUGUUAAUCAGUCAUUGACUUAGGUGAUCACCCAAUGACCAGAAAUACUCGCAUCUGUUGCUAGGGCAACCAAGAGAAGCUAUAUUUACAAGUUCAUUGACUUUUGUAUUGUAAGUGCCGUGAUGGGGGCGUAGCUAAGACGGAAGCAAACAAGAAAAUAACAGCCUCAGUGUCAGUCAUCCGUGUCCACACUGUCCCCUUGUCAACUAAAACACUUUCUGGAAACGAUUCCAGCUUCAGGGGCGAUACGUGUGUUUACACUGAGAAGUGGCCUCACCAACAGACGAGAAUGAGUGCUCAGUGGAUGAUGUAUUUGGGUUUUGCCCUCCUUCUCUUAUGCCAAUUCAUUUCUGCCACUUGCCCUCCAAACAACAUGGCUGUCUACAAACCGAUUAAUGAAACCAUGUAUGACAGAAACUACUCUCCUAUUACAAAUACAGAUGCUCAUCCUCUUGGCUUUUACCAAAGCAUUGUGAUAUACAACAACAGAAACCUUAAUCCAUGCAUCAACUUGACAGACAUUGGUGCCAGCAGACGCAAGUUCGAAAUCUUGGUGGAAACAGGCGUACCAAAAAGAUUGUGCGUUGCUGUGAGGAGCAUUAACCAAACAAAUCCAUUCCUUGAUGAGUGCUUUCAGACAAACUAUUUCAAGUGUGCUCAGUCAGUAAGCAACUCCAUAUUUGUGGAGUUCUAUUGUGACGAGGCUUGUGAGGAAUCAGACGUCAAGUUCUGGUACAGACUGACAUUCAGUCCUCUUCCUGAAGUUAUGGACCCUGAUAUGUGGUGUGACAACAGGAAUUCUGCGGAGUUUCCAAGCAGUCUGCUGACAUUGCCCCAGGGCAUAACAUACGCCCCAGACCCAACAGGUACUCCACCCACCGCAGGAGGCAGCAUCAUGCAGCUUGCUUCCAUGUGGAUUUUUAUGUUCUUAUUUUGUACAUUUGUAUGGUGUGUGUAACUGAUGCACAUUUAAUCUAUGAAAAGAAAUGUUUACAAGGACUUGCUUGGCUAUGUAGGCAGUGAAACAUCUCCACUCACAAUGUUUUGUGGUAUUGUUAUUUGUUUCACCAGUUUGUUCAUAGUAAAAUAUAUAUUCCAUUAGAAUUAGAAACUUUUAUUACACUUUACACUUUUAGACACUUUUAUUUAACUCACUAUUUGUCUCGCUAGUCGAAAUUUUGUAAUCGAUUUUGUCCCACUUCCCUUCAUCCUUCUUCUUGUUCCUAAUCGUCCCCAGUGGAGCAUAGGGCCGCAACCCAUCAUCCUAGAGGUCUGAAAUUUUCACCAGUUAUUCAAUUCUGUUGUUGUAUUGUUGUUGCUGUGGUGUUGUUGUUGUUUGUUGUUGUUGAUAUGUAUAGCGCCUUUCCAAAGAUUUGCUGAGAGCGCUUUACAUAAAUCAUACAUAGACUGAAUCAUCAGUAACCACGCACCAACAUUCACAUAUAACAGACGCUCAUGGUCAUGGACAUGACACAUUGAAGUCGUCCUUCUGACAAGUUUGAACUUCAGAGAAUCAGACUGUCGAAGGCUGAUGGGUAAACCGUUCCAAGUUGAUGGGGCUUGGUAAGAGAAAGACCUCUGUCCAUACGUCUUUGUCUCUAAAUCAUUUCCACGAGUCCACGAGUGGUAAAUUUUUUUUUAAUUUUGUACAAGAACUUAUAGGCUGAAUGAGGGGAGAUAACAUUGAAAUAAAACAUUACUAUAUUAUUAAAUGUUUCAAAGAAUGUCCCUGACAAUUUCAUAUUUGUUAAAAUGUGUAUUAAGGAAAAAAUUAGUUUUCCCUUUUUAGUAAAUUUUUAAAUAAAAGUGUGUUUAAACUUUUUUUUUUACUUAUUGUAUUACAUUCCCUGAGGCCAAAACUGAACAGCUUCAGAUGAAACCCACCUUUCAGUUGUCACAGUGCUGUUGUGUUCAGUAAUUAUGGAGAAGAGAAGCAUAUCUUUUAUUCACUGAUUAGUAAUUUUCACAGAGGUAUUUUUAUAACCAUAUUCUUGGCAUUGUGUAAAUAACCAGCACAAGAUUUGUUAGUGAAAGAAAUCUACAUUUGAUAUUGUUUUUGGCUGAGAUUUUUUGUACAUAAUACUUAUUGAGAGACUAUAUGUAUAUAUGAAAGCAUAUUGAAAACUUUAUAUUCGUUUAUAAAAUAAUUAUACAAUAUAUAUAUAUAGUAACAAUAAAGAAAUAGAGGCUUAUUUUACUUUUGUAUCUGACACUGCUGACCUCAACAUAAUAAAUAUGUAGUACAUGCACAG